UCAGCUCGCGCUGCCUCUAAAUCAACUCAAUCAUCUCUCGCGCACGGGAGUGCGGGCUGCCUUUCAGGUGUGUUAGUGGGUGCUCCCAUUCGAGCAGCAGUCACGAUGGUGGCCCUGUCGCUGAAGAUUUGUGUGCGACAGUGCAAUGUGGUCAAGACGAUGCAGUUUGAGCCCUCAACUCCGGUUUACGACGCCUGCAGGAUUAUCAGAGAGCGAGUUCCAGAGGCCCAAAGUGGACAAGCAUCGGAUUACGGGCUCUUCCUGUCCGAUGAUGACCCCAGGAAAGGAAUCUGGUUGGAAUCAGGGCGCACCCUUGAUUACUACAUGCUGCGGAACGGGGACGUCCUGGAGUACAAGAAAAAACAGAGACCUCAGAAGAUCAAAAUGCUGGAUGGAACCAUCAAAACCAUAAUGGUGGAUGACUCCAAAACAGUAGGGGAGCUGUUGGUCACCAUCUGCAGUAGGAUAGGAAUCACUAAUUAUGAGGAGUACUCACUGAUCCAAGAGCAGGUGGAGGAGAAGCGUGAGGAUGGGAGCUCUGCGCUAGUGCGUAGUUUCCCUCGAGGCCGUGAGCUGUUGGAGCAGACGGGCCGCAGUGCUCUGACCGGCCUCUGGAGCACACGGCUCGCUGCAGAUGCAUUAGCCAGGGAUGACAUUCUGAACGGAUCCCACCCCGUGUCCUUUGAUAAGGCCUGCGAGUUCACUGGAAUUCAGGCACAGAUCCAAUUCGGUCCCCACGUGGAGCACAAACACAAGCCAGGAUUUUUAGACCUGAAGGAGUUCCUACCAAAAGAAUACAUCAAACAGAGGGGGGCGGAGAAGAGAAUUUUUCAGGAUCACAAAAGCUGCGGUGAGAUGACAGAGAUUGAGGCAAAAGUAAAGUAUGUGAAGCUUGCCAGGUCCCUACGCACAUACGGAGUGUCCUUUUUCCUGGUGAAGGAGAAGAUGAAAAGCAAGAAUAAGUUGGUCCCGCGUCUGCUGGGCAUUACCAAAGAGUCAGUGAUGAGGGUGGAAGAGAAGACCAAAGAGGUGGUGCAGGAGUGGCCCCUCACCACAGUCAAGAGGUGGGCAGCCUCACCCAAGAGCUUCACACUGGAUUUCGGUGAGUACCAGGAGAGCUAUUACUCUGUCCAGACCACAGAAGGAGAGCAGAUCUCUCAACUCAUCGCUGGAUACAUUGACAUCAUCCUUAAGAAAAAACAGAGUAAAGAUCGGUUUGGUUUGGACGGUGAUGAGGAAUCCACCAUGCUGGAAGAAUCCGUAUCCCCAAAAAAGUCCACCAUCCUCCAGCAGCAGUUUAAUCGGGUGGGUCGUGUUGAGCACGGGUCGGUGGCGCUGCCUGGCAUCAUGCGCUCGGGGUCAAUUGGGGGCCCCGACACAUUCAACAUGGGCACCAUGCCCUCGGCUCAACAGCAGAUCACCAUGGGACAGAUGCACAGAGGACACAUGCCACCUCUGAGUCUGGCCCAGCAAGCACUGAUGGGAACUAUCAACACCAGUAUGCAGGCUGUCCAGCAGGCACAAGCUGACCUGGGAGAAGUAGACAAUCUUCCACCACUGGGACAAGACAUGGCAUCCAGAGUGUGGGUUCAAAACAAGGUGGAUGAGUCCAAACACGAGAUUCACUCCCAAGUGGACGCCAUCACGGCUGGAACCGCGUCAGUGGUCAACCUCACUGCCGGUGACCCUACAAACACAGAUUACACCGCUGUGGGCUGCGCCAUCACCACCAUCUCCUCCAACCUGACCGAGAUGUCCAAAGGGGUGAAGCUCCUGGCGGCUCUGAUGGAGGACGAGGUGGGCAGCGGGCAGAAUCUAAUGGGGGCGGCCCGGAGCCUCACAGGAGCCGUUUCUGACCUGCUCAGAGCCGUGGAACCAGCUUCUGGAGAGCCCAGACAAACGGUGUUGACGGCGGCGGGCAGCAUCGGCCAGGCCAGCGGAGAUCUUUUGAAACAAAUGGGAGAAGGAGAAACUGACGAGAGAUUCCAGCCAGACAAAAGAGCCUUUUUAAUUCAGAAAUAUAACAAACAUUUCAUUUCCGCCACCAUCAUUUCCAGAAUAUGUGACCCUACAAACACAGAUUACACCGCUGUGGGCUGCGCCAUCACCACCAUCUCCUCCAACCUGACCGAGAUGUCCAAAGGGGUGAAGCUCCUGGCGGCUCUGAUGGAGGACGAGGUGGGCAGCGGGCAGAAUCUAAUGGGGGCGGCCCGGAGCCUCACAGGAGCCGUUUCUGACCUGCUCAGAGCCGUGGAACCAGCUUCUGGAGAGCCCAGACAAACGGUGUUGACGGCGGCGGGCAGCAUCGGCCAGGCCAGCGGAGAUCUUUUGAAACAAAUGGGAGAAGGAGAAACUGACGAGAGAUUCCAGGACAUUAUGAUGAACCUGGCUAAAGCCGUAGCUAAUGCCGCCGCCAUGCUGGUGCUGAAAGCCAAGAACGUGGCACAGGUGGCCGAGGACACGGCGCUGCAGAACCGAGUCAUUACCGCCGCCACGCAGUGCGCGCUCUCCACCUCACAGCUGGUGGCCUGUACAAAGGUGGUGAGCCCCACCAUCUCGUCCCCGGUGUGUCAGGAGCAGCUGGUGGAGGCGGGCCGUCUGGUGGAGCGAUCGGUGGAGGGCUGUGUGAAGGCGUGUCACGCCGCCUCAGAGGAGGGCGAGCUGCUCCGACAGGUGAACUUGGCGGCUGGCGCAGUCAGCCAGGCCCUCAGCGACCUGCUGCAGCACGUACGCCACUAUGCCAGCUGCGGCGAGCCGAUCGGACGCUACGACCAGGCCACCGACACCAUCAUGACCGUAACGGAGAACAUUUUCACCUCAAUGGGGGAUGCUGGUGAAAUGGUACGACAGGCGCGGGUUCUGGCCCAGGCCACCUCGGACUUGGUGAAUGCGAUGCGCUCCGACGCCGAGGCUGAAAUCGAUGUGGAUAAUUCCAAGAAACUACUCGCGGCUGCCAAGCUGUUGGCCGAUGCCACUGCCAGAAUGGUGGAAGCUGCAAAGGGUGCUGCUGCAUACCCAGAAAAUGAAGACCAGCAGCAGAGGCUGCGAGAGGCUGCUGAAGGGUUACGGGUCGCCACCAACGCAGCCGCUCAGAAUGCCAUCAAAAAGAAACUCAUUCACCGACUGGAGAAUGCAGCUAAGCAGGCCGCAGCCGCAGCUACGCAAACCAUUGCCGCCGCCCAGAAUGCAGCUGCAUCCAAUAAGAACACCAUGUCACAUCAGCAGCUCGUGUUCAGCUGCAAGGCAGUGGCCGACCAUAUCCCACAACUAGUACAGGGAAUGAGGGGCAGUCAGGCCUACCCGGAAGAUCUUGGUGCCCAACUCGCCCUUAUCAUCGCCAGCCAGAGUUUCCUGCAGCCGGGAAGCAAAAUGGUGACGUCUGCUAAAGCGGCCGUUCCGACGGUAACUGACCAGGCAGCUGCGAUGCAACUUGGUCAGUGUGCCAAGAACCUGGCCACCUGCCUGGCAGAGCUGCGCACAGCUGCACAGAAGGCUCAUGAGGCGUGUGGUCCUCUGGAGAUCGACUCGGCUCUCAAUGCUGUUCAGACUCUCAAGAGUGAACUGCAAGAUGCUAAAAUGGCCACACUGGAAGGACAACUCAAACCGCUACCUGGAGAAUCGUUGGAGAAGUGCGCUCAGGAUCUCGGAAGUACGUCUAAAGCUGUGGGCUCCUCCAUGGCCCAGUUAUUGACCUGUGCCGCCCAGGGCAACGAACAUUAUACUGGAGUGGCAGCAAGGGAAACCGCUCAAGCUCUGAGGACGUUGGCCCAGGCCGCGAGGGGAGUGGCAGCGAGUACCGUGGAGCCCCAAGCUGCAGCGGCCAUGCUGGACUCUGCCUGUCACGUGAUGGAGGGCUCGGCCAUGCUAAUCCACGAAGCCCACCAAGCCCUAGUGUGCCCUGGUGAUGCAGAGAGCCAGCAGAGAUUAGCACAGGUGGCGAAGGCUGUCUCUCACUCUCUGAAUAACUGUGUGAACUGCUUACCUGGACAGAAGGAUGUGGACAUGGCUCUCAGGAGCAUUGGCGAAGCCAGUAAAAAAUUGCUUGUGGAAAAUUUUCCUCCAUGCUCCAAAUCCUUCCAAGAGGCCCAGACUGACCUGAACCACACGGCAGCGGAGCUCAAUCAUUCAGCCGGAGAUGUGGUGCAGUCUACACGUGGGAGCAGCAGCCAGCUGGCUGUGGCUUCCGGGAAGUUCAGCCAAGACUUUGACGAGUUUUUAGAUGCUGGCAUCGAGAUGGCCGGACACACUCAGUCCAAAGAUGACCAGAUCCAGGUGGUUGGCAACCUGAAGAACAUCUCUAUGGCAUCCAGCAAGCUGCUGUUGGCCGCCAAGUCCCUCUCCGUUGAUCCAGGGGCGGCAAAUGCCAAGAACCUCCUUGCAGCUGCGGCACGAGCGGUCACAGAGAGCAUUAAUCAACUCAUCACGCUGUGUACCCAGCAGGCACCAGGACAAAAAGAGUGUGACAAUGCUCUACGGGAACUCGAGGCUGUUCGAGGAAUGUUGGACAAUCCCAAUGAGCCGGUCAGCGAUCUCUCUUAUUUUGACUGCAUUGAGAGCGUUAUGGAGAAUUCCAAGGUUCUCGGGGAGUCCAUGGCUGGAAUCUCACAGCAUUGUAAGACGGGAAACGUGCCAGCGUUCGGGGAUUGUGUGGGUGUGGCAUCCAAAGCGCUGUGUGGGUUGACUGAGGCAGCGGGACAGGCCUCUUAUUUGGUAGGAGUCUCAGACCCCAACAGCCAGUCGGGUCAUCAGGGAUUGGUCGAUCCCAUCCAGUUUGCAAGAGCCAAUCAGGCGAUUCAGAUGGCCUGCCAGAAUCUGGUGGACCCGGCCAGCAGCCCAUCCCAGGUUUUGUCAGCAGCUACCAUUGUUGCAAAGCACACCUCGGCUCUUUGCAACGCCUGUCGUCUGGCGUCUUCCAAAACAGCCAAUCCUGUGGCCCGGAGACAUUUCGUGCAGUCAGCCAAAGAGGUCGCCAAUACCACGGCUAACCUUGUCAAAACUAUAAAGGCCUUGGAUGGGGAUUUCUCCGACGAGAACCGCGAGAGAUGCCGAGUGGCCACGACCCCGCUGAUAGAAGCUGUGGAUAAUCUCUCCACCUUUGCCUCCAACCCUGAGUUUGCCAGCAUCCCUGCGCAGAUAAGCCAUGAGGGUUCAGCAGCCCAGGAGCCGAUCCUUCGCUCAGCCCGUUCAAUGCUGGACAGCUCCACCCACUUAUUAGAGACCGCCCGCUCGCUCAUCCUUAACCCCAAAGACCCUCCCACCUGGUCCAUCCUGGCAGGCCAUUCCCGCACUGUGUCAGACUCCAUCAAGAGCCUCAUCACGUCCAUCAGGGACAAGGCCCCUGGGCAGCGGGAGUGUGACCAGUCCAUCGACAGCAUCAACAAGAGCAUCAGGGACAUCGAGCAGGUGUCCCUCGCCGCAGUGGGUCAGAGUCUGCCCCGCAGAGAUGACAUCUCUCUGGAGGCUUUACAGGAGCAGCUGACGUCCACCGUGCAGGAGAUCGGCCACCUCAUUGACCCCAUCUCCACUGCAGCGCGAGGGGAAGCGGCUCAGCUCGGACACAAGGUGACUCAGUUAGCGAGCUACUUCGAGCCAGUGAUUGUGGCGUCGGUGGGACUGGCGUCUAAACAUGCCGACCACCAGCAGCAGAUGAACAUACUGGAUCAAACCAAAACCCUGUUUGAAUCUGCUCUACAGAUGCUCUAUGCUGCCAAAGAGGGCGGAGGAAACCCUAAGGCGACCCACACCCAUGAUGCCAUAGCUGAAGCGGCCCAGUUGAUGAAGGAGGCAGUUGAUGACAUCAUGGUGACCUUAAACGAAGCGGCCAGUGAGGGUGGGAUGGUGGGCGGCAUGGUGGAGUCCAUCGCUGAGUCCAUUGGAAGGGUGGGAUCUCAGAUCAAGACUCGGGUGCAGGAGUUGGGUCACGGCUGCAUCUAUCUGGUCCAGAAGGCCGGAGCCCUGCAGAUGAGCCCGACGGACAGUUUCACCAAGAGAGAGCUGAUCGAAUACGCCCGCGCUGUCACAGAGAAGGUGGGAUCUCAGAUCAAGACUCGGGUGCAGGAGUUGGGUCACGGCUGCAUCUAUCUGGUCCAGAAGGCCGGAGCCCUGCAGAUGAGCCCGACGGACAGUUUCACCAAGAGAGAGCUGAUCGAAUACGCCCGCGCUGUCACAGAGAAGGUGUCCAUGGUGUUAUCAGCCCUGCAGGCUGGUAAUAAAGGAACUCAGGCCUGCAUAACUGCAGCCAGUUCUGUCUCCGGCAUCAUUGCUGAUCUGGACACGACCAUCAUGUUUGCCUCUGCCGGCACACUGAACGCAGAGAACGAAGAGUCUUUCGCAGACCACAGAGAGAACAUACUGAAAACCGCUAAAGCUUUGGUUGAGGACACCAAGCUGCUUGUGUCUGGUGCUGCAUCGAGCCAGGACAAACUAGCCCAGGCGGCCCAGUCCUCUGCCAAGACCAUCACACAGCUCACUGACGUGGUCAAACUGGGCGCUGCGAGCAUGGGAUCAGAGGACCCUGAGACACAGGUUGUACUGAUAAAUGCAGUAAGAGACGUCGCUAAAGCUUUGGCUGAGCUGAUUAGUGCCACUAAAUGUGCCGCGGGCAAGGCAGCAGACGAUCCGUCUAUGUAUCAGCUGAAAAGUGCCGCCAAGGUGAUGGUGACGAACGUGACCUCCUUGCUGAAAACUGUGAAAGCGGUGGAAGAUGAGGCCACUCGCGGGACGAGGGCUCUUGAAGCCACUAUUGAGUGCAUCAAACAGGAACUCACUGUUUUCCAGUCCAAGGACGUUCCGGAGAAAUCUACCACCCCGGAAGAGUUCAUCCGCAUGACCAAGGGCAUCACCGUUGCAACGGCUAAAGCGGUAGCAGCAGGCAACUCUGCUCAGCAGGAGGACGUGAUAUCCACUGCCAACCUGAGCCGCAAAGCCAUCUCCGACAUGCUGACCACCUGCAAGCAAGCCGCGUACCACCCAGAAGUGGGCAAGGAUGUGAGGAAUAAAGCUCUGCUCUACGGCAUCGAGUGCACCACCGGAUACAUCGACUUGCUCGAACACGUCCUGCUCGUCCUACAGAAACCCACGGCCGAACAGAAACAGCAGUUGGCCGUGCUGUCCAAGAAAGUGGCGGGCUCAGUCACAGAGCUCAUCCAGACUGCUGAAGCCAUGAAAGGUUCAGAGUGGGUGGACCCAGAAGACCCCACGGUGAUAGCGGAGACAGAGCUCCUGGGUGCUGCUGCGUCCAUCGAGGCCGCGGCCAAGAAACUGGAGCAGCUGAAGCCCAGAACCAAACCAAAGCAAGCCGAUGAGUCUCUGGACUUUGAGGAGCAGAUCCUGGAAGCGGCAAAAUCCAUCGCUGCAGCAACCAGCGCUCUGGUCAAAUCCGCAUCGGCCGCACAAAGAGAGCUUGUAGCACAGGGCAAGGUGGGCUCCAUCCCUGCCAAUGCAGUAGAUGACGGCCAGUGGUCCCAGGGUCUAAUAUCAGCUGCCCGAAUGGUUGCGGCCGCCACUAGUAACCUGUGUGAGGCUGCUAACGCUUCAGUCCAGGGUCACGCCAGCGAGGAGAAGCUCAUUUCCUCUGCCAAACAGGUGGCAGCUUCCACCGCUCAGCUGCUGGUGGCCUGUAAAGUCAAAGCGGACCAGGACUCAGAGGCCAUGAGGAGAUUACAGGCUGCUGGUAACGCAGUGAAGAGAGCGUCUGACAACCUGGUGAAGGCAGCGCAGAAAGCAGCCUUUGAUAAAGCCGAAGACGACAGCGUGGUGGUUAAAACGAAAUUCGUGGGAGGAAUCGCUCAGAUCAUUGCGGCUCAGGAGGAGAUGCUAAGAAAAGAAAGGGAGUUAGAAGAAGCCCGGAAGAAACUCGCCCACAUCCGACAGCAGCAAUACAAGUUCCUGCCCAGCGAACUGCGAGAAGACCAGAGCUGAACACGUCUCGUCUGAUUGGACGCGGAUCAUGAUUGUUACGGAUGAUUGGCUGCUCCUUAUAUGCAGAGCUAGAGAUGUCACACGUCAUUGGUUGGUCAUUGUCAGGUGACUUGUUAAAGUUAAAUGUGAUUGGCUCACAUGGGAUAAGCGCCACUGAUUGGCUGUAUUUUGGGUAUGAAUGGAUUUCCUUUCUUGUUUUUGUUCUUGUUUUUUUUAAGGUGUAAAGCACUUGUUAGAGGUUUGCGUGACUGUGUGUUUUACGUAUCAAUAGUAUGCCACUCAUUGGCGAUAGCUUACCAUAAGGAUCUCAAUAACUAAUCCUACGCAAUAUCAGUGCAUCUAGUUUUAUAAUGAAACCAAUGUGAAACUAUUAAUAUCUGAACCUGGCUGCCAGACAAAUUUUAGUUAUGAAGUAUGAUGCCAGACCGUAAGCUUUCAUUAUUCGCACUCGCGUGACGAUAAGCUUCAAACGCCUCUAGAAUGCACUGCUCGAUUCAUACAUAUCCCCCUCUAGAACUGUAUUAUUGUUAGUAAGGUUAUGAAUUCUAGGUAGUUAUAAGGAAAGAAUGUACUGGUGCGCUUUGUCGUGUUAUUUAUUGUUAGCUUUAAUAGAGUAGCUUCCAGCUUCUCUUUGCGUUUGUAGGUCUAGUUGGGGGCUCGAAUGAGGUUGAUUCAUGCAAAUAGAGUUUCAUUCAGUCCUCUCUUCAUACCUCAGCUGUGGCCCAGAUUGUUACAUUUCCCAUGAUUCCUCUGUGUGUCUAAACUUAGUCAGGUAGACAGCCCAAACACGACGGAUAUGUUCGGAAUAACAUGCUAUCACACUACUCAUACUAUUUCUGCAGCAUACUUUCAGUAUGCAGAUUUUCUGCAUUAGAAUAAUCAGAUGACAUUCUGUAUCCCACAAUGCAAUGCCAAUUUUUCAUUUCUGUUUUAUGAAUGAACAAAAUGUAAUACUAGCCUCAAUUUUUGGCUGGCAUACUAACCAAGUAAUAGCCUUUUCAACAAAAAAAUUGGAUAAAAAUGCAAAAAAAUAUAUAUAUAUUAUAGGAAACGACAUUAUACGUAGGAAUGUUAUAUCCCACAAUGCAUUGUGCUUCUUUUUUUCCAGUGUAAUGAAUGAACAAGAAGUAAUACCAGCUUCAAUUUUGGCUGAUUUAAAAUCGCCAUACUACAUACGUAUAUUUUAUAUGCGUCAAAAUUUUCGAAGCCUUUUCUAUAAAAUUUGGAUAAAAAUGUGAAACAAAAAAGGGGGAAAAUUUCUAAGACGUGCAUAAUAAUAAUAAAUAAUAAUAAGGUCAUGUUUCAACAAUAUAACACACUACACUACAUUGCACAGUAUGCGAAUUGUCUGUAUUGAAAUAACCAGCUGACCUACUAUUUUUGCCAAAAUAUGCAGUAUGGAGAAACAGUACUCUGUGUGGAACACUAUAUCCCACAAUGCAGUGCGCUCAAAUUCAUUUUUAAUACUGUAGCAUGCUACAUAUCUUUUUAUUUGUGGCAAAAUGUUCACAUUUUUGGCACAAAAUUGGAUACAAAUCCGAAAAACCUUUUGAAAACGAUCUGAAUUAAAUGUGCGUAAUAAUGAGGUCAUGUGUCAACAAUUACUGUUUGCUUACUGCGCACUAUUUAACAUGCUAUUUUUUAAAUAGUAGACAGUAAACAGUGCUAUUUUAAGUAUUGAAUAAACGCAAUGCUGGCAUUUCAUUCCGAACAUAACCUGCGUCUAGAGCUGCGUAAGAAGAAAAACUUUACGCAAAAUGCGGCAAACAAACUACGUGGUGAGGUCAUGUGACGACAAUGUAGCAUACUUACCGUUUGAAAUGUUUAUCAGUAAAGCGUAAUAAUCCAGACUGUUUCACAUACUGUUUUUAAAACAAUAGUAAGCAUUAUACAGUAUAUACUGUGCAGUAUGCAGUACGCAGAGCGCUAGUAUUCCAUUCUGAACGCAGCCAGAAUCUCAGUGUUGUACUUUCUAAUAUCACAGUUCUCAUAAAACGCAUUCGCUUGCAUUUCUGGUCUACUUUGAGAUUGUACUGGCAUGGCUUUUAGGAGCACAGCAGGAAGCGCCACAUCAGUAGCUUUGUUGGAUUCAGUGGCGUCAGUGUAGUCUUACCUGCAAAUAACACGUCUCUUCUGCUUAUCGUGUACUUCGUGUGUGUUUUUGGUUUGAAAAUCCCAGUGGAAUUCCCGUUUGCGUUGUGUAGAAUAACGUGUGGCACUUAACAAGCUGAGAACUGACUGUUGUGACUUCAGAUCUGGACUGCAUUGUGUCAUAGUGCCUUAUUCUGACUUCUUCAGUAGCUCAGUGUGUGCAAGUUGCUCUUAAAUGCUGCUUGUGGACCAGGUUUCACUGGAAUUUAAUGUCUAUCGAUACUGAGCAAGUAUAAACAUCGUCCGUCUUCAGAUGAGUAAAGCAGAUGUCUUUUGUCCUUUUCAAACUAGCUUUGGAUGUGUACAGCGUUGUUUCCAGUCUAACCCGCCGCGUUUGAUGACUAAAUCUGACGUCCAUUGGGCGGCUAUUUGAUUCUGGUUUGCAAUAUUGUACCUACUGAAGCCUAAAGAUGCACUUGCCUUGGCAGGCCGCUAUACUGCCGUACCAUGAACUAUUUAGACAAAGUUAACAAACCACGAGUAGGAAAAGGAAGGAUGUGAUUGUUUCUGUCAGCACUGACUGCUUUCAGCUUGUCCACGUGAAGAAGAAUAUUAGAAUGUCCCAAAAAAAGAACAAGGUUAUCUUGCUUUUCAUUUCAAUAAACCACUAUGUAUGACGUUUAGUUUUUUUGUGUACUUCGAGUUAUAGCUAUAAUGAAGAUAUUGCAAUAUGUGGUUGAACAUGUGGUGUCUUUCAGUGGAGCCGAAGAAAGCAGCAAGAACUAUCGCCUUCUUUUGAACUAGAGUUAGGGCUGUCUUUAAUCAACUGACAUAGUGACAUUAAUAAUGAUAAUAAUAAUAAUGAACAUUAAAAUGCUGUAUGUAUAAUAUUUAUCUGGUCACGAAAGUAUUUUUUGUAUUGCCCUGAAAAUAAAGAGU